AUGGCGUUAACCCUACCAGGAUUUUCUGCUGUUGGGUUUGUGCUUAAACCGGACCGUUUUACUAAGGAGCUAAUUGCCACUGUUGAAGCUUUUAAUGCAUUUUUUGGAAACAAUGUUCAACAAUACGCUUUUAUCAUCCUUACGCAUACGAAUUGCGAGAUGUCUAAAGAUGAAUACUUACAAGAUGGGCAUGCAUACCUUGAUAAAUUAAGAAAUUUGUACGCAGGAAAUGUCGUUUUCAUUGACAACAAAUGUGAUGACUCGACGAAGGAGAAGCAUGUUGGACGCAUUAUCGAGGAAAUAGAACGAAUAACACAAACGAACAAUAAUACCCCUUUUUCAAAUGAAUUCAUUAAGGUGGCAAACAAAUUAGCGAUUAAUUCUGAAAAGAAAGACUUCGAGGAAAUGUCUAAUAAAGAACGGCAGCAAGCUCUGGAAUCGUUUAAAACGAAGGUCGAAAAUCGGGAAGCCAAUGUUUGGAACAAUUUCAUGGCUGGUAUGAGACGUAAUAGCCAUUAUGCAGCGGGCGUAGGUGCCGCGACCACUCUCAUAGCAUUUAGAGCGGGAUGCACGAUUAUGUAA